AUGCUGUUCCCAACACCACGAACACCAUGCGCAAACGCCCAGCACACAUCAGCAACUGCUGACGUGGCUCAGACGAAUACGGACGAUGGACGAGAGCAGGAGAAGGGAAGAAGACAAGGAGGAGAACGAGAACGAGAGAGAGGAGAUGGACGAUUGGUAGCACUCGAGUGCUUCGAUUCUGCACGCCCGGAAGAGCCUGGGCUGGGCCCGGCUUAUUUGGGCCCGGCUUGGGCCGGCCCAGGGCCUCAAGCCGAGCCGUGCACAUCACUAGACGAGCACGGGAAUAUCACCAUUGACGCCAAAUUUCAAAAUGCGUUUAUCAUGGCCGGCGUCGUUUGUUUUGUGUGGCGCGAGGGCCGCGAAGCCUUUCUCGGCGCCUCGCCACUGAAGGCCAUCAAAUAUGUGAUGGCCUCAGUUGGCAGCGGUACUCACUGUGCAUUGCAGGAACAGCGCUCCGCUGUUAUCACCGUCGACGCUUUUGGUGGUCAACACCACGAAGAAAAAUUCAAGGAGAUCGUGCAAGCGUUCGAUGACCUCACGGACGAAGAAAAACUCGAGUUAGAAAGUUAUUUGCAGUACGUGCUGGAUGUUGGACCAUCGCAGGCAGGCAAUGGAGAGAGCUCGUCCGAUUCUGAAUAAUAUUUUACUACGUAUAUAGCUUGUUCGUUGUAGUAUAGUGUAAUCAAGAUUAUCAUUGGAUGCUCUUGAUCAUAUUAGUACUAGAUGCUGUUGAUAAUCGACGCGAUACGACGAG